CCUCCCCGUCUCCACUCACCGUUUCCCCACGAUCUCUGCCCGAAAACCUAUCCUGCCGCACCAACCAAACAAACACGGUCUCUCCUCCCCUGCUCCUCAAGUUCCAAACUCCAUUUCCGCUCCGGCGUUUCUUGGUCCGGAAGCACGCUCCUCUCUCCAAUCUCUACACACAUGCUAUUGCUACGACAUGCCUUGCGAGCUGCUAAUGUGAUGCCCACUCCUGCUCGGUUUCGCCUUGUCCUCCCUUCACUUCUUGGCCAAAGCCCCGCUUAUAGGUGGCGCGUCGCGUCACCCUACUUGGCCCCCAAGAGACCGUCUCCUUCUUUACCAUUGAAUCGAUCAUCGCAAGCCUGCACUGCGUACUGCACCUCCGUGCCAUCCCGUCCUCUCUCGUCCCUGUGCUCCUGUCCAUCCAACGUCCUCCAUUCCUCCUGUGUGAUCGGCGGCGGCGGCGCACCGCCGGCGGUUUCUCGAUCGGUUCAGCCAUUCUUGCAGUUCCAGGGCAUGUGCUUUUUCUGGUAAAGCGUGCUGCCCCGUGCGUGCCUUGGGCCGGAGCAAGGAAUAUUUCCGAGUUCUUCAGCACGGGAAGGUAUCUUCGAACUAGAUGCAUCACAAAGUUCCUGCGUGAGGAUCUUUGCGCGGCAAACCGCGAGAUUUCUUGGGCGGAGAUGGAAAAGGGAGGGUUCAAGAUGUUCAACUUAGUCUCAUCCUGGAACAAGAGGAGGAGAAGCAGAUCACUUGAUCAGCUGAAUCCAUGGGUGUACAAGUCGGCCGAGCUGUGGCAGGCCAAGGAGCAGAGCCCGCCGCCGAAGAAGCGCAGCUGCACGAUGGUGUUCACGCUCAAGGAGAUGGAGGAGGCCACCAACAUGUUCAGCGACCGGAACCUCAUCGGCAAGGGCGGCUUCGGCCGGGUUUACAGAGGCGUGCUCAAGGAUGGCCAGAUCGUCGCCAUCAAGAAGAUGGACCUGCCCACCUCCAAGCACGCCGACGGCGAGCGCGAGUUCCGGGUGGAGAUCGACAUCCUGAGCAGGCUAGAGCACCCCAACCUGGUGACGCUGAUCGGCUACUGCGCCGACGGGAAGCACCGCUUCGUAGUCUACGAGUUCAUGCCCAAAGGCAACCUCCAGGACAUCCUCAAUGGCAUCGGGGAGGUGAAGAUGGACUGGCCGGUGCGCCUGCGGAUCGCGCUGGGCGCGGCGAGGGCGCUGGCGUACCUGCACUCGAGCACGGCCGUCGGCGUCCCCGUCGUCCACCGGGACUUCAAGUCCAGCAACAUUCUCAUCACCGAACACUUCGAGGCCAAGAUCUCCGACUUCGGGCUCGCCAAGCUGAUGCAGCAGGACCAGGACCUGCACACCACCACCCGAGUGCUGGGCACCUUCGGCUACUUCGACCCUGAGUACGCACUGACGGGGAAGCUGACGCUGCAGAGCGACGUGUACGCGUUCGGCGUGGUGCUGCUGGAGCUGCUGACGGGGCGGCGCGCCAUCGACCUGAGCCAGGGGCCGCAGGAGCAGAACCUCAUCGUGGGGAUCCACCAGGCGGUGGGCGACUGGCGGAAGCUGCGCAGGGUGGUGGACCGGGACAUGGCCAGGGGGUCCUACACGGUGGAGUCGGUGUCCAUGUUCGCCGGGCUCGCCGCGCGCUGCGUCUCCUUCGACGGCGCCGCCCGGCCGUCCAUGCCGGACUGCGUCAAGGAGCUCCAGUUCAUCAUGUACGCCAACAUGAAGAUCUGAUCGCGCUCGCCGCCUCGCUCGGGUGUCUGGAGUCGCGCAUGGGUUUUGGGACGGGGCGCGGCCGCCGGAUGGGUUGCAACUGCAGGUCUGCAGCUUUUCUUUGGUCGAUGAAAUCAGAAUCGGAGAGGAUUGGUCUCAUGAUCGGGAUACUUGUACAGGGUUAUAGUAAUUUCUCAUUGCGAUAGGAAUGCAUUUCGGUCUGCAUAAGGGCAAUGCUAUUUUUUCCAAAAAGAGAAAAAGAUGUUUGGGGCCGCAAAUUCUUAUACGAGAGAUUGAAGAGAGAUCUCGCAUGUCUGUCAUGUUGUCGUGUGCAAGCCUGCAAGGACUUCAUUGUGUUGUAUUCUCUCUGCUCUUAAUUAUGGAUCGUUUUGGCACUUUUAUAUGCA